AUGGCCACUACCACCACCGCAAACAGCAACUGCACAACACCCACCCGCCGCAUCACCUGGAAAGACCGAGACUUCCAAACAGCAGAAGCCACAAACGAGCCCUUUAACGAAAAAGAUUUCCUCCAAUACGCUCUCUCAGAAACAACAGCACAUGACCUGCAACCCGCAUCCCCCUGUCCCAUCCGCCUACCCACCCGUCCCAGGCCCUCCAUCCUCCAUCACGACGACGACAUUGAGGGCCAGCACGACUCUGGGUUUCCCACACGGUCUUCGUGGCGGAGCAAGCUUAAAGAGUAUGCUAUGCUGUUUGCCAUUGUCGUUGUCUGGAUGCUGCUUAUCAUGGGCGUGCUGGUUCUUACCGAUACUCUUUUCCCUACGGCGCUGCGCUCCUACCAUAGGUUCAAGGAGAUGGGGGUAGAACUGGCUAAUACGAAAUUUGAACUCGAGGCCCUGAAGGUGCAGAUGUUGGGGGUUUACCGGUCAGUUGAAAGGGUCGGGGCUAUGACGGUGCAGAAGCUGAGGAGGUAG